AUGUAUGGUCGUUUUGCAGGGCAGAAAAGAAGCGGCCGUAAUAAUGAGGUGACCACGUUACCGAGGUGGCCAUAAGGCGCGGUUCCAAUGUACAUUGUAAAGUGCUCAAGUUACAUAAUAAAACUAUGAAAUAAUGAUUCUUGUUUCAGCAUGAUGACAGCUAUAACGGAUACCCUGAUUCCAUGUUAGAAACCUUUUUAAAGGAUAAUUUGAACUUCAGCACUGUUCAUACGAUAUGACUGGCACGUGAAGUGUAACCAUAGUUCAUAGACUGCAAUGGUUAUAGGUCUCGUCAGACUUCUUUGUUAUAUGUGUUUUUUCGGUUUUUGGACUUUAAAGUGUGCUAAACGUUCAGUAGCAUGCAUUCCUUCCAUUUUGAACAAACUGACCAAUAGAAACGUCUCUUUAAUUCAAUUAAUCACAAUUUGCGAACCAAAACUCAAAGAUUGCGCACUUUUAGGGAUCUCUUAACUUAAACCGUAACACCGUUGUUUUCAUUUCUUUUCUUUUUGCCGGCUUUUAUAACCACACUCUUCUAAUUAUGAUACAACUUACCAUCAAUACAACCAACUUUAUCUUAGUACACAAUCAUGAUAGACGAAAUACGAUUGCCUUAAUCCUAAUCCUUACUGGUAACCCUGUGUAACGAAUGACAGACGCAUGUGCAAAUUAAUUCGGAAAAUCCCUAAUGACCAUUGAGAGAAAGUCAUUUGAGGUCUUUUUAAAUAUAUUUUAGGGGUUUAUUACAUUUGGAACACCAUUUGUAGAUUUAACAAGGCCAUUGCACAGGUACCGAGUAGUGUGGUGCUUACAAGAUCGUACCUUGGAGGACACUAAAAAGGUGAGUUGAUAUACAAACUGUCCAAAUAAAACAUAAUAGAUAUUCCAAUUUAGAAGUUCGUUAACAUUGUCUUUCUAUUGAGUCACUUAAAACAUGGCAAAAAGGUAUUUUAGUUGCCUCGAACAAAAUUUGGAUCAAGUGAUUUAUAAAUUUGCACGUGGGUCUUAAAUAAUAGAACCUCUCUUGCAAGGACCUGAAUGUACAAGUAGAUUCAUCGGAAAAUGGUAUGACAGAUGGUCUAGGGUUAAUAAAAAAUAAACAACUGUAAUGUCGAUUUAAAAGUACUAACAUAAAAGUCAUUUUGUGACUCUAUUAAGGUCACCGUCAAGCAUUUAUUCCCGAAUUUCGAGGACAAUAUAAAACAGUUAUUACGAGAACUAUAUAAAGUAGUCUUGGUAAUGCCUAUAGGUGUAAAUGUGAUUUUAAAAAAGCAAUCGAAUUCUAUCACUACAGUCUUAGAAUUCGGUUGGCUACUUCUUUAACCAGCUUAAGGCUGCCUGGCGGAGUGUUCCUCAGAGCGCCAUAGUGCGUCUGGUGUACUGCUCGUUAGUAAUCCAUGGGUGGAAACUUUACGCGUCAAGGGUAAAAAAUUAAAGCAGCUCCCGGGUGCCGAAGAUGAAGUAAAAAUGAUGGGAAAAAUACUACACAUCGAGCCUCUCACUGGAAAAACGCUUCAAAAGAUGAAGCGUUAAGCAGACUAAACUCAGUUUCUUUGGUAAACGUUGCAUCGCAUGGUCGUGCAGAAACCGGCGAAAUUCUUUUCUCUCCUAAUCCUGGCAGUUGCCAAAGACUCAAAGAGAAAGACUUUCUUUUGACGAUCACAGAUGUGUUGAAUGCGAAAUUGAACGCUAAGCUUGUUGUUAAAGAGAUAUAAGCAUUGCAAUUCGAAAAUGUAUGAAGCAUUGUUAAUUUAUAGUCACUGAUCGCUAACUAGAGGAAAAUCCAAAAUCAUCGUUUGCGAGUAGCUGAUAAGGGGAAAAUUUGUAGACAUAUUUUUUUGUGAAUUUUCUGCAAACGUGAAUGAAGGGUUACUUUCCUUGAGCCAACAGCGCUCGCGUGUGCUUGUCUGAAACAGCGCUCGCGCAUGCUUUCAGAACAAAGAGAUUUAGAGUUAUGGUUACGGCAAACGGCAAGUUGAGAAUAUCUCAAAAUAGAAAAGAAGCUAAUGAAAACAGUCCCAGACAAUUCCUAUGGAUUAUAAUAAUGUGAAACUGAUCAUUUUUUGUACAACUACGGAACAGUGAAAGACAAGUAAAUGGAAAACUUCGUCACGUGGUACAAAUUCACGUUUGUCGUUUGCCAGGGGUAAACAGCUAGUCGGGCCACCCGUCAAGUAAUUGAAACAUCUGAUGACUUAUAUCGAGAAAAAAAUAUAUAUAGAAGUUUUAAAUAUACAAGGUCUAUUUUAGGCAAUAAAAAGGAUUUAUUGGAAGUCGUUUGAUUGACAGAUUUCCAAUUGGGCCGAGGAAAAUAACAAAUUUAUUAACUGGUGACAAGUGCAAUUAUAAUAAGUCCAAAGGCGGCCGAUGAUUUGAUAAAAAAUGUAAUAAAGCUCUCAAAUGUUGACCACAAAUGUAAUAGCUUGAAAUAAAAACCAUAUUCGAAAACGUAAUUAGAAGAGAUUUUACUACGAUCGUUAUGAGCGAUUUCCCGAAAUCG